GGGGGAACUCUUUUGGAAAUCAUUCCCAGCGAUCUGGCCAACCACGUUUGAUCCCAGUUGAGUUCCAAUCUCCCGAGCAGUGGGACCUGGGCCGUUGAGGAAUACCGAGAAUAGAGAAUAAGGAGACAUUUCCUGGUGGGACUCUGGCUUCAUUGGUUCGUGGGUUCUUCAGUGUGUCUUGGGACCUUCACAGACAACGGUGGCUUGUUCCCAUUCAAUUCGUUCGGCGAACGAACGGACGUUCAGAGCGCACUGUUGACCAAUUUUGACCGGUUUGAUCCAUAUUUUUGACAAAUUGAAAGGUUCAAAAGGAUCUGUGACCACUAGGCACGAGAGGAACAUUACCUUCGAUUUUGGUUCGUGGAACUUGCUCACGAUGAAAGGACCAAGUUUUCUGUGAAGUGAGUGACUUUCCCGGAACAUUGGUCAAACUUUUCGUGCAUGUGAUUGUGAACUGAUUCAAAAUUGUGACCAUUCAAUAUCAUCUCCAUCAUGUGGGUUCCAUCGCCGUUGGGAACAAUGGUUUGGUCCAUUUUAUGGUUCGUCUUCAUUGAAACAGGUUGCUCCCAGCUGAUGGAUAUCAAUCGCAUCUUCAGCCAAGGGCCCCCCAAGUUGGCCCCGAAAAUAUUGAAUAGUGGAGAGCGGAUUCGGGUCAGGUUGGGGGACAACACCACAUUGCCAUGUGUUGUUCAAAACUUUCAAACGGGUUACACGGCCAUCUGGCGUCGUGGCGAGAACGCCAUUAUGGUGGGUCAAAUGAAGAUCCGAUUGGAUCUUCGGAUAUCCUUAGUGGAACAGACGUCGCUCCUCAUCAAAGGAGCUGAUACGCUCUAUUCAGGAAACUACACCUGCGAGAUCGAAUGGUCCGAGAAUGAGCCCCCACCCAGUAUCACACAUUACCUCGAGGUUCAAGUUCCGCCCUCCGUGUUCGCCGUGACACCAAUGUCGUCACCGAAUUCGGGCGCAACCUUGGAAUACAACCCGAUUGGACCGGGAGCGAUCGUGGAGGUGGUGGAAGGGGACAAUGCCACCCUGGAAUGCCGGGCCGAGGGAAUCCCACGACCUGCUUUGGAAUGGACCUCGGAAAUGUGGGCCCCUCAUGACCGACGCAAGGCCUUCAAACUCGAGUUGGUCCAUGUCCUUCAACGGGAUGAAGGCGAAUACUUAUGCACUGCCUACAAUGGAGUUGGACCAGCGGUUUCAGACAACAUUUUGCUCCGAGUUCAACAUGUGCCCAUUGUUCAUCCACUUCGUCCCAUUGUGAAGGCGUCCUCGGGCGAUAAAAGCCGAUUAACAUGUCAUGUCAAGGCGAAACCUCAGCCCAACGUUGUUUGGUACUUUGGCGAAAACGAAUUACGCCCGGAUUCGGAGCACCAAAUGGAGGAGAGGGGAGAUAAUUACACGCUUGUACUCCGCAAUAUCGAACCAAAAGAUUUGGGCAAUUACACGUGCUUAGCCAUCAAUAAGAUCGGGGAGUCCAGAGCCACGGUUAAUCUCUCAGGGAUCCCGCAUAAAGCCACAAUCACCAGCCCGCCCAAGGGUCGCCAUCGGUCCAGCUACGAUCUCACGUGGUCCAUCAAAAGCUUUGCACCAAUCCUGGAAACGGAAGUCAGAUACAAGCCUUGCAUGGUAUAUCAUUUCAUCACGGACAAUGUGACCCCUCCGCCGGAGAUGCUCGAUCCCUACAGUUCUUCAACAGGUUUUCAGUCUCCGGACCACGCCCCAAGUUCGUCCGAGUCAUCCUCUGGGAUGUCGGCCUGGUCGUACUCGAGCCAGAGGAGUCGGCGGAAAUACUUACCAGAGAACCUUUAUUAUGGCCUUUAUGAAGGCUCGUACUUAUUCGAGCCUUUGAGACCGGAUUGCGAGCAUGAGGUGAGGCUGAGGGCUCGCAACAAGUUUGGAUGGUCGGAUGAAGAGGUCAGCUUCGUCUUCUGGACGAGUAAAAGAGAUCCCUCGCCUCAAAAGAUCUCCAGUAGUUCGGGGAACCUGUGGUCCAAUGGCGGCCUGAGCUCGCACUCCUCGAUGGUUUCAAUGGUUCUAGCGUGUUAUGUCUGGUCAUUUUCCCUUCAUUACCUUGAUUUCGUGCACGGAUCAUUGGGUUUCAGGCCCAAAAGCCAUCUGACCCCCGCGGGGGGCGGCUACCCAUGAGGAUGGGGUUCGUUGGGGAUUGCAGGUUGUCCGAUCCCCUCGCUGGAAAAGGAUGGACUGAAGCCAAAGACUUGGGUAUUUUGAAUCAUGGCGGGCUGAUCGUGGCAUCUCUGUAAAUCCUUGGCUGAGGCCUCCCUGAAAUCGGCUUCGUCUCACUCAUCCUCAAAACCGCAUCGGCCAAAAUGUAGCAAUGGAGAUCAAUCAAGAAAUGACACACCUAUUCUGAAAUAUAUUGGAAAUUGUGUUUGAAUACGAAAUAGAAAAAAAUAUCUCAGUGAACACAAGGAUAUGAGUUCUUUCUUUCGAAUGCUUGGCAUUGGAUGUGACCGAUGUUCUGCUUGAAUUUUCGGGAUUUGGCUAUUG